GUCCAGGCUUGGUUGGAUCACAUUCCUCCAGCUGCUCUGAUCAAACCCAGAACAAUGAAAACCAGUUUUACUUUGAGACGUUAGAUUAAUAGCAGAGUUAGCUUUCAGUUUGUCCAGAGAAACAGUUUCAGUGAGUUGUUAGGAAAUCUUUUUGUAAGGAUUUGAUGAUUGUAAAUAUAGGAAGAUGGAGCUGUUUGCUGUGUUUGUGUUCCUCCUCUAUGCCUCUCAGGAGUCUUUGACUACGACAGUCGAGGUUUAUAAGGGAGAAGAAUCUAUUGUGUUGCCUUGCCUGUACAGCAAAGAAUUAGUGGACAUUGUCACAGUGAAAUGGGGCCGCUGUGGUCUCAAUCCUGAUACUGUCCACCAACGGCGAGAAGGAGACGAGCUACAUGAACAAAAUCAGCUUUUCGAAGGACGAACAUCAAUGAGUCCUUUUGCUCUGGACACUGGUGACUUCAGCCUCACUCUCAGAGAACCACAACUGUCUGACAGUGGAAUCUACAGCUGCAGCAUCAUUGAUGAUAAACAAGAAACUGUGCUGUCGGACAUUCAGCUGCAAGUCAAAGAAAUAUUUCCAACCUGGGCCGUAGUUCUGCUGGUUCUGCUGGUUCUUCUUGCUGUUUCUGGAGGCCUUUUAUUUCAUUUCAGACAUUAUUUAAUAUCAGUCUACAAGGUGGAGGUGGAUUCAGGAGUGGAGUCUGUUCUGCUGCCCUUUAAGACUACAGUCAGUCUGCCUGGAGGUGUCACAGUAACGUGGAGAAACAACAGGAACAGGGUGGUUGAUAGUUAUCACUUAAAAGAACUUCAACUCGGGCACUAUAAGGACAGAACAGAGAUGAAGGAAAAAUAUAAAUCUGGAGACUUCAGUUUGACCCUAAAGAACCCCACAGGCAGAGACAGAGGAAUCUACACCUGCACCGUCUACAGAAAGGAAACGAUCCUGGCUGAGAAACAAGUCCUGCUCAAGGUCAAAGGUGAAGCUGACUCUCUGAUCAUGGCCAUAGACUUUGGUUCAGGAUACAGCGGCUACGCCUUCAAUCUAAAACCCAGAGAGGAAGGAGGUGAGACAAAGUUAAAGAGAUGGGGUAAAGAACUUGGACUGGACUCCCCAAAGUCUCCAACCUGCAUCCUGUUUGAUGAAGAUAAACGAUUCCUGGAGUUUGGUUAUAAAGCUAAAACAGCGUACAGCAACAUGAGACGAGGAACAGCUGAGAAAUAUUAUUUCUUUGAAGACUUCAAGUGGGAUAUCCUGUUCAUAAACUACUGGUCAACGAGGGCCCUGGAGGUUUUCACAGAAGUUCUGAGGUUCCUGAAGGACGAUGCUCUGAAAACCAUCAAACACCAUCCAGCAGGAGGAGAGAUCUCAGCCUCUGACUUCACCUGGGUGCUGACUGUUCCUCACAGCUUGAAGGAUUUUACUAAACGUUUCAUGACAGAAGCUGCUGUUCUGGCAGGUCUUGUAGGAGAAGACACUAAAGACAAACUGGUGUUUGCUCUGGAAUCAGCAGCAGCUUUGGCCUGGUGUUUGAAGCCUCCACCUGAUGGCUUCAUCACACAGAACCACAGCAGAACCUCCCAGGAUCAACCUCCAGAACCAGCAGGCGCUGGUACCAGCUGUAACGAUCCAGCAGGAGGUCCAGAACCAGGAGAAACCAGAGAUCUGCUGGAGAACCAGAACCAAGAUCAGGUGGCAGUUCACUUUAAGAAGGAACCAGGAGGAACCAAAGUUCUGCUGGAGACCAGAAACCCAGACAGAAAACGGUACCUUGUUGUCGACUGUGGAGAUCAAAAUGUUAACAUCACUGUUCAUGAAGUCCUGGAAGGAGGAGCCUUGAAGAAGCUGGACAAUGACGUUAGACGUUAUCUGGCAGAGGAAAAAUUAAAGGAGUUCCUCGGAGAAAUUUUCUCUGAGGAAGUCUGGAAAGAAUAUGAAGUAUUCUACCCCAAUGAGGUUCAGAAAAUGAUGUUUGAAUUUGCUCGUCUCAAACAUUUAGAUGAAGAUGUUCAGAUCAGCUGCCCAGAUACCCUGAGAAAAGAAGCUCAGAGAGAGAAAGACAUUGAAACGUUCUUUGCUUCAGUGGAAGGAGCUUCCUGGGAGGAUGGAGUCAUCAAAAUCUCCAGAGACAAACUGAGGUCUUUCUUUGAUGACAUUCUGCAGAGAAUCACUGAGGGUAUCAGAGAAAUAUUAAAUAAAAACUCCAACAUUGGGUUUAUUGUGUUAGUGGGGGGCCUUGCUGAGAGCCAGAUGCUCCAUCAGUUCAUCACUGAUCAGUUUGGACAUCAGUAUAAAGUCCUGUGUCCUCUUAGACCCCAGGAAGCGGUCCUGAAAGGAGCCGUAGAGUUGGGGAGAAACCCAGAGUUGGUCCAGUUUGAUUGAAUUGUUUUUACUGAGAAUCAUUUUCUGUUUUUGUUGCUGUGAAUUAUUUCCAUGAACAGUUUUUAGGAAAGGAAAUGUUAUAAUGUGUCAACAUGUAGUUUUAAUCCCUGAUUUUUGGUUCUACAGAAGAAAAUAUUUAGCUUUAUGGAGGACAUCGCUGAUGGAAGAAUGAUGUACUGUGGUCUAUAAUUCAGAGCUGAUUCUGUGGUAAAUCAGUGGAUUCUAGUAUAAAUACCUUAUGAAGAGAAUAAAUAACUUUAUUAACAGAGAUGCUGGUCCAGUUAUUAAAAAUAUAAACUCAGUUCCAAUGAAGAUGGACGUUGUUUAAAACGUAAACAGAAAUAA